AUGACUAUGAAAUAUUUAAUUGCAUUUCUCUUAAUUCUUGUCAUGAGACUUCCUCAAAGAAAUGCUCAACUUGGUAUUCUCAAUGAUCUUUUGGGUUCUGCUAAUAUCCAAGGAACUGUACUUUGCACUUCUAACGAUAAUGUGGAUGCCAUUAGUGCUCUAACCCCUGUUUUUUCAAAUGCUCAAGUACAACUACGAUGCGGAGGAGGAAACAUGCUCUUAAAUUCAACAACUAAUGGUGAUGGAAAGUUUUCAAUGUUAAUGGAGAAUCCUUUGCUAUAUGAUCUCUCUUCACUACUCACUGAUUGCAACUUAAUGGUUCCUACACCACUCUCCAGUUGCAACGCAAAACUUCCUUCUGCUGGUGGCUUAACUUCAUCUCUCAAGUAUGUUGGGACAAGUCGAAUUGGAACUCGAACUCUUGCAAACAUUGCACCAUCUGGAUUUCAUUUCAUUCCAUUAACUUAG